AUGACGGAAGGAGUCGCCAGAGGUGGAGAAAGGAUGGGGCUACUACGUGUCGUUCUCACACGGUACGAAGCAGAUGAGGCAACUGAUUCCAACAGACACGAUGCAGAUGAGACAACUAUUCCAACAUACCUAGCAAGAUUUCAAAGAAAGAAAGUUAGGGUUUCUUGCUUUCUUGCCCAAUUCUAUUUCAAUAUCCACGUGCAAGGUGUGUUAUUGCUUUUGGGUGGUUAUGAAGUACCAACGGGUGCCCCUACCUUGGGGAUGCCCCCUCAAAAUCAAAGGGGUUUAAACGAGUUCCCUGGAAGAUCAAGUCAACCACAAAGGGCUGCUUCUUUGAGUCGAUUCAGGGAGAAGAGAAAAGAAAGAUGCUUUGAUAAGAAAAUCCGUUACACUGUACGGAAGGAAGUUGCUCUUAGAUGUAGGCACUGUGGGAUCAGUUCAAAUUCAACCCCAAUGAUGCGUUGUGGGCCUUCUAGGCCAAGGACAUUGUGCAAUGCAUGUGGAUUGAAAUGGGCUAACAAGGGGGUUUUAUGGGAUCUUAACAAGGUUUUAGCAUACCCUACUACUGGAAAGACUAUUAUUGAGCAGAGUGGGGGUGGGGAAGGGAAUGGAAGUGAAGUAGUUACUGUUUACAAAGAUUGUAGAUAUCUCAGCUUAGAGGUAUUUCAUGGAAUCAUGGCGUUACAUGUUGGAGGAUUCAUUGGGUUGUGGAGAUUCAUCGAGGGAGCUUUUUGA